UUCCUUAUAUUGAGUUUUAAGAUUUUAGUCGUUGGAUUAAUAUAACGGUUGAGAGUACUAUAUUUCAGCUGUUAGAUUAAUCAAACUGUCCUCCAAGUGUUUGUUGUUAUGUGUAUUCUAUGAUUCACUAGUGAAGUUACAGUGUUUUUGGUGCAAAAGUCAUAAUAACUGCUUAAGGUCUUGUUAGAAUAGUGUUAUAAAAUGAGACAAAAUGGCUCUGGAUCUUUUUUCGUUGUCUCUGUAGUUGUUUAAGGAUUAAGCUUUUGAAGAUUUGUGAAAAUGGGGUUUGUGGAGCUUUUGUAUGUUGCUUCAUUGCCAGUAGUUAAAGUGUUACUGAUAACUGCACUUGGAUUGUUUCUUGCAAUAGAUUACAUAGAUGUGUUGGGAGCAGAUGCGAGGAGUAAAGUGAACAAUCUUGUAUUUUAUGUGUUUAAUCCAUCAAUGGUCGGUAGCAAUUUGGCAGAAACAUUAACAUCUGAGAAUGUUCUUACUUUGUGGUUCAUGCCGGUGAAUGUCCUUAGCACAUUUAUAUUAGGUUCAGCUUUAGCAUGGUUUGUGAUUAAAAUUACAAGGCCUCCGAAGCACUUGGAAGGUCUCAUAUUAGGUUGUUGUUCUGCAGGAAAUUUAGGAAACUUGCCUAUAAUCAUUAUUCCAGCUAUAUGUAAAGAGAAAGGAAGUCCUUUUGGGGACCCUGACCUUUGUCAUAAAUAUGGAAUGGCUUAUGUCUCACUUUCUAUGGCGAUUGGAGCAGUUUUACUAUGGACAUAUGUUUUUAACAUAAUGAGAAUUUCAUCAAAUAAAGCCAAAUUGAUGACUUCAGGGGUGUUAUCAGAUUCACAACAAAACAAUAAUAUUUCAGAAACACUUAACCCAGCAAAGGAUGUCCCAGAAGAUGCAUAUGCUUUACUGCUUCCAAAUACAGAAUUUCAGGAAAAGGUUUCGUUCUCAGAUAAAAUUAAGCGACAUUUGAAGAAGAUUUCAGAUAAUAUCAAUUUCAAAACCAUUUUUGCACCAUCAACCAUUGGAGCAAUUAUUGGGUUUUGCAUUGGUGUAAUCACCCCAAUAAGGAAGUUUAUGGUUGGCAAUGAUGCUCCAUUUCAUGUAGUUGAAGAUUCUGCAGCCAUGUUAGGUGAAGCAGCCAUUCCAACAGUCACUCUCAUAUUGGGUGCAAACCUCCUUAAAGGUUUGAAGGGAACAAGUACUCCAACGUGGACAAUUGUAGGAAUUAUAGCAGUGCGAUAUAUUUUUCUUCCAAUAUUAGGCGUUGUAGUGGUUCAAGGUGCAAUCAAAUUGGGUUUGGUGCAACCAGAUCCAUUAUAUCAGUUUGUCCUUUUACUUCAAUAUGCAAUGCCUCCAGCUAUGAAUAUAGGAACUAUGGCUCAGUUGUUUAGAUCAGGUGAAAGUGAAUGCUCUGUUAUUAUGCUAUGGUCAUAUGCUUUUGCGUCAAUAGCAGUUACCCUUUGGUCAACCUACUUCAUGUGGCUAGUUGUUUGAUUUUGUAUUAACACAUGGAUAUUAUUAUUUGAUUGUUAUUAAUUGAUAUUUUUGUUUAAUUUUAUGCAUGGUUAGCAAAAAAUUUAUUUGGAAAAAUGUCUUUUAAGUGUUUGUCAUAUUUAUUAAUGUUAGCAGACAAUUUAACAAGUUUGAUAAAGGUGAGAUACACAUUCUGAUUUUA